UGUGGGGCGGGCUAAGUGUGCAAAUGUCUCGCCCACUGGGAGGAUCAGCUCUGUGUGAUGUGUUUCAUGGGAAAAACUGCAGUAACACACCGCUGUGUGUCUCACAGACCGACUGUGCACAGCGCCAGAUCAGCUGGAUGCUUCAACACCACGGCCCAUCUGUUGCCUGUGCUGUAUGAGUCAGAGAGGAGCGGAGCAUCAUGUCAGAGCCGUUUGACUGUGACAGCUGCAAGGAGUCUCUGUACGGCAGGAAAUACAUCCAGGUGGACGACGUUCCCCACUGCGUCCCCUGUUACGACCGUCUGUAUGCAAACACCUGCCAGGAGUGCAAAGAGCUCAUCGAGCACAACACACGGGAGCUGUAUUAUGAGGACAGGCAUUACCACGAACACUGUUUCCGCUGCUCACACUGCAACCGUUCGCUGGCCGACCAGCCGUUCACCUGUCAGGAAGACGCCCUGGUGUGUAACGACUGCUACUGCAAUGAGUUUUCAUCUAAAUGUGUGGCCUGCGGGAAGACUGUGAUGCCAGGCUCCAAGCAGCUGGAGUAUGGAGGCUGCGCGUGGCACGAGGAAUGCUUUGUUUGUUGUGGUUGCGAGCAGCCCAUCGGCGCCAUGUCGUUCAUCCCAGAUAAGGGCGAGUACUUCUGCGUGCCCUGUUACAAGGGACGAUUCGCCCCACACUGUGCCCACUGCAAAGAGAUCUUGGUUCAAGGUGGUGUAACAUUUAGAGACGAGCCCUGGCAUAAAGAAUGUUUCCUGUGUACUGGAUGUAAAGUCCAGCUUGCGGGACAGCCUUUCACAACACAGGGUGAAGAUCCGUACUGCGUGAAGUGCUUCAGCAACCUGUACGCCCAGAAAUGCUCUGCAUGCGACAAACCCAUCACAGGUUUUGGAGAAGGGAAGUACGUCUCGUUUGAGGAGCGUCAGUGGCAUCAGCCGUGUUUUAAGUGCUCCGAGUGUUCGGUGUCUCUGGUCGGGGCAGGAUUCUUCCCUGACGGAACAAAGAUUCUCUGCAAAAGCUGCAAUACCAAAUAACCCACAACAGCUUCUGUUAAAUCUGCUAAAAAACAGACCUUUGAGUAAUAUGAACACAUUUCUGAAACAUUUGACAUAAUUUAAACAUGAAAUGUAUGAUGUACAUUAAAGUUUUAGUGUUGCAUUCUUUCAAAUCAGAAUGUUAAACAUCUUUAACUAGACGGACUUGUUUGAUCAGGCUGAAGCAUUUAUGGUUCAAAUUAGAAAUUCUAAUCAUUUGAACCAAGCAUGCAUACAUGCAAAGGCUCAGUUCCCUGAGAUGUUGUUGUUGUUUUCGUCAUUAAUCUAUUCAAUAUACAUUUGAGUUAUUUUCCAUGUGUUUGCAUAAACAUUGGGCCUUAAAAUUCCCUCCAACAGCAACAUUCUUAAAAAAAAAUACAUUUGAACAAAACACACACUGACCCAAAUGAUUGUUAAUGUACGAUGCUUAUGGAUUAAAGAUGUUUGUUAAACAUAGUGAAUUGUAGAGGACUAUUUUAACCCACCAAUGCAUGCUUUUAAUAAUUCUCACAUAAAAUAUUCACACAUUAAUUCAUAUUUAUGUUGUUUUCAAAAUAAUAUUUUUUAUGAUUUUUUUUUACAGAUGUUUGAUGUAUUUUUUGCACAUGAAUGCCUUCUGUAAAACUGCUCAUGCUGUUAUAUUUCCUUUCAUAAAACUUUUUUUGUAACAUAUAUAACAACUUUCAAAUAUCAUUUAAGGUUCAGACAAUGUUUUUCCCAAAUAAUAAAUCCUUAAUACAUGAAUUUAACAAUUAAUAAAAUUAAUUAAUAUGUUGUGGAAACAAAUUAUUUAAAAAUUCCACCUGUCAUAUAUUUUAACACUAAAUUACUGUGACUAAAUUUCAAGUUUAAGCUCCUUCUGAAUAUAUUGUCAACCUAACGUCUCCUAACAACAACGGACAUGCCCUCCACGUGACGUUAACUCUAAUAAUUGCUUUUAGUCAUGCUUGAUUUUAAAUCUCGUGUGAAACAUUUAUUUUUACUUCACUCUUUGCCCCUUUACCAGAUGCCAAAUUUCUGACAGAUGUUUAACCCAAAUAAGGACAUACCGCUCUAAAAUAUGACUAUGGAUAAAGUCAUUUCGAAAAAUGAAUAAUGGCAGAAUUACUACAGGUUUCUCACUGCAGGAAGUAGAAGCACAAAGAACAGGAAGUACAGGUGUUAUACCUUAGUGCGGGUGUAGUGUUCCCAGCAGCACCACUAAUCUCAGUUUCCACAUACAUACAGGGACAACAUUUCAGGCUGAGAAAUGUCACACUCAUCCAUACACCCACAAAAAUUUUUGAUCAGAGAUAUAGGGCAACAAUUCCUGGACUCUUUUCUAAUCAUUCUCAUGGAUCAUCGCUUCGGUGAACUGCCAGAAUGUGUUCAGUGGAAGCUUCUGUCAUCAAAACUAAUUCCUCAUGUGUGUAAACACACCUGGCAAUAAAUCUCUUUCUGAUUCAGA